AUGGAGGCGGCGAGCGCCAGGGCCGCCGCUCGAGACCAGUGGGGGGGAUACGGCGGCCAUGCCCCCUCGCAGCUCCAGCGCUUCAUCCAGGCCGCCUGCAGCCCCGAGAACUACGAGCCCAACCUCGCCCUCAACCUCGAGAUCUCGGACCUCGUCAACUCCAAGAAGGGCACCGCCCCGCGCGAGGCUGCCGUCGCCAUCGUCAACUACAUCAACCACCGCAACCCCAAUGUCUCCCUGCUGGCCCUCAGCCUGCUCGACAUCUGCGUCAAGAACUGCGGCUACCCCUUCCACCUCCAGAUCGGCACAAAGGAGUUCCUGAACGAGCUCGUCCGCAGAUUUCCCGAGCGCCCGCCCAUGCGCUACAGCAGGGUCCAGAUGAAGAUCCUCGAGGCCAUCGAGGAGUGGCGCAGCACCAUCUGCGAGACCAGUCGCUACAAGGAGGACAUGGGCUUCAUCAGGGACAUGCACAGGCUGCUGAGCUACAAGGGCUACACCUUUCCUGAGGUCAGGAGGGACGACGCCGCCGUCCUGAACCCGAGCGACAACCUCAAGUCGGCCGAGGAGAUGGAGGAGGAGGAGCGCGAGGCGCAAUCAGCCAAGCUUCAGGAGCUCAUCCGGCGAGGCGCCCCCGAGGAUCUGCAGGAGGCAAAUCGACUCAUGAAGAUCAUGGCCGGCUACGACACAAGGUCCAAGGUUGACUACCGCGCAAAGGCCGCCGAGGACGUCUCCAAGAUCCAAGCCAAGGCGAAACUGCUCGAGGAAAGGCUGGAGGACUUCAAGGCGGGCGACAGCAUGACAGACGGUGAUGUCUUCGAGGAGUUGGCGUCUGCUCUGCAGAGCGCGCAGCCCAAGAUCCAAAAGAUGUGCGAGGAAGAGUCCGAUGACCACGAGGCUGUCGCAAGGCUACUGGAGAUUAAUGACAGUAUACACCGGACGGUGGAGAGAUACAAGCUGAUGAAGAAGGGCGACCUCGAGGGGGCGUCCAAGAUCGCGCGCGGGGAGCAUGUCGCCUCACAGGCCGCCGUCAAGAGUGCGGCGCAGGAGCUUAACCUCAUUGAUUUCGAUGGGGAGGCGGAGGCCAACGGACCGUCGGGCAACGGAUCCGCGGGUCCGAGUGCAGCAGCCAGCCAGUCCCAGCCCGGAGGUCUCGAAGACGACUUGCUGGGGCUGUCCAUGGGCGAUGAUGCCGGAGGUGGCGGCACCUUUGGCCAGACCGGCGGGAUAUCGCUGGGAUUCGGGAACAACAGCAAUGUUCCGGGACCGUCAUUGCUCUCCUCAGUGACACAAAGUAGCACCGCCCAAGGUGGAGGGCCAUCCACGUCCACACCUGAUCCGUUUUCGUCAUUCAAUGCCUUCAACUCGGCUCCGUCGACUUCAAAGAACAACACCCCGCAACCCCCCAACUACCAGCAAUCAGCGUUUGCCGCCCCAGCACAAGCUGCAGAUCCCUUUGCCGCCCUGUCUUCUUCAAAUUUUGGCACCGGCUUUUCCAACACCUCGAAGCCGGCCACUCCGGCCCCAGCACCGGCUGCAGCACCGGCCGCGGCAGCACGACCUGUAUCGGCAGCACCGGUGCCCCAGGCCAACGAUGAUGACGAGUGGAACUUCGCGUCCGCUUUACCCACAGAGGCACCGGCGCUGCCUCGAGAACACAGGGCUGUGGUCAACAACACCGCCCUAAAGAUCGACAUGCUUGCAAAUCGGACGACGGGCUCCUCCAACAGCAUCAACCUCUUAUUUGCCUUCAGUAACAACACAGCGCAGCCAAUUUCAGAAUUGCAUUUCCAGCUGGCGGUGACAAAAGGAUACGAGUCUCAACUCAAGCCCCAGACGGGGCGGUCGUUGGAGCCAAAACAAAGCCGCGGGAUAACGCAGUCUAUCGAGGUCUGGCACGCAGGAGACAAGACCAAGAAGGUCGAGUCCAUCAAGCUGAGGUGGAGGGUGGCAUACAAGGUCGGGGCGGAGCUGAAGACGGAGAUGGGUGAGAUCGCAGACUUCGGUCUGGCAUGA